AUGGCUCCCUUCCCUCCUCCGCCAGUGAGCUCGAUUGACUGGAGCAACGUCGGUUUCAAAGUCCGCGAAGUCAACGGCCAUAUUGAAUCCACCUUCCGCCAUUCCUCACCCAAACCAGAAUGGAGUACACCACGUUUUGUGACCUCUCCUCAUCUGUCGAUCCAUGGCAUGGCGCCCGGUCUCAAUUAUGGCGUCCAGUGCUACGAGGGCAUGAAAGCCUUCCGACAGCCAGAUGGGUCGAUCGCCAUCUUCCGUCCCGAUCAGAAUGCUCUACGCAUGCAACGUUCUGCCGAAUUCAUUUCUGUUCCCCCUGUGCCUGAGGCACAUUUCAUAGAAUGUGUGAAUCUGGCCGUGGCUAUGAACGCCGAAUUUGUGCCUCCUCACGAGACCGGCGCUGCCAUGUAUAUCCGCCCGUUGUUGUUCGGCUCGAGCGCGCAGCUGGGACUGAGCCCUCCAGAUGAGUACACCUUCGUCGUGUUUGUGAUGCCCACGGGGGUGUACCACGGUGUACAUGCCGUCGACGCGCUUAUCUUGGAAGACUUCGACCGAGCGGCGCCUGAGGGCACGGGCAGCGCAAAAGUGGGCGGCAACUACGCGCCUGUGCUGCGGCAUAGCGAAAAAGCACGUAAUCAAGGGUUUGGUAUUACCCUGCACUUGGACAGCAAGACACGGAGCGAAAUCGACGAGUUCUCCACUUCAGGAUUCUUGGGCGUCCGGAAAGACGGGGACAAGACGACAAUCGUGGUGCCCGACUCGAAAAAUGUGAUCAAGUCUGUGACUUCGGAAUCCGCUUGCGAACUCGCCAAAGACUUGUUCGGCUACGGCGUGGAGAGACGCCGUAUUGACUAUAGCGAGCUUCCUCAAUUCACAGAAAUCAUGGCCGCCGGCACCGCGGCCAGUCUGGUACCCAUCAAGAGCAUCACCAUGAAAUCUAAAGGAGACAAAUUCGAAUACCCGGUCAACGAGAAUCUAGACCCUGGUCCGGUCUGUGCACAGCUGUUGAGCACAUUAAAAGGUAUCCAAAUGGGGAAGGUGAAGGAUCAGUUCGGAUGGAACAUGAAAGUGACGGAGCCACCCAAGGAGUUCCUUCACGCGGCGACGAAUGGCGGCGUCCACGGCGACGGCGUGGAUGAGCUACCGUAA